AUGGAAUCCGUAGAUGUGGUUGUAAUUGGCGCUGGGUGGUAUGGGCUGGCCGCCGCAAAAACCUACGUAGAGCUUCACCUUACGGCCAAUGUAAUCGUGCUUGAGGGAGCGACUACUCUCGGAGGUGUAUGGGCAGAGCACCGCCUCUAUCCCGGCCUCAGAUCAAACAACCUGCUAGGCACCUACGAAUAUUCAGACUUUCCUGAAUCGAACCUCGAUGUCAAGCCCGGCGAGCACAUACCAGGCGCAGUCCUCCAUCAGUACCUCACUCAAUUCGCCGAGAAAUUCGAUGUCUACCGACGUAUACGCUUCAACACGACGGUCAAAUCGGUUCAGAGCGAGGCGAGCGGAGGAUGGCUGCUUACAGUCAUCUCAAGCGCCGAAGAAAAGCCUGCUGCAAGCGAGUCGCAAUUGUUGACGCAGAAGCUCAUCGUUGCGACGGGACUGACUUCAGAGCCUUUCAUCCCAGCACUCGCCGGUGCCGACUCCUUCAACGCUCCUUUAUUCCACUCGAAGGAUUUCCUGCAUAAUGCCGAUACGCUGAAGAGUGCGGACAGUGUUUGCGUGCUUGGUGGAGCCAAAAGUGCCUGGGACGUCGCUUAUGCAUACGCGUCGUCUGACGUCCAGGUGGACAUGAUUAUUCGAGACUCCGGUCGCGGUCCUGUCUGGAUGGCACCGCCUUACGUUACUCCUCUUAAGAAAUGGCUCGAGAAGUUGGUCCAUACACGAUUUCUUACCUGGUUCAGCCCAUGCAUCUGGGGAAAUGAAGAUGGCUAUGGUGGCAUUCGAGGCUUUCUCCAUGGCACAGUAGCGGGACGCUUCAUGGUAGACUCGUUCUGGAAGGUACUCGGCGGCGACGUCAUCUCUUUAAAUGGAUUCGACAAGCAUCCCGAGACAGCGAAGCUGAAACCGUGGUAUUCUGCCUUCUGGAUUGGUAGCGGCCUCAGUAUCUUGAACUAUCCGACGGACUUCUUCGAAUACGUGCGAAGCGGCAAGAUCCGAGUCCACAUCGCCGACAUCACAAGUCUCUCUGAUGGGACUGUUCACCUCUCUAAUGGCGAGUCUCUCAAGACGGAUGCUCUGAUCUGCUCCACAGGGUGGAAACACCGUCCGCCCAUCAACUUCUUGCCCUCGGGCCUUGAUCGGGAACUUGGUCUGCCCCACCGCUCCUUUGAAAUAGACGAGCUGGUCCAAAAAGCGGAUUCCGAGAUCCUGGCACGAUUCCCACGUCUCAAGGCCCAACCGGCUUUCAACCAAUCUUACAAGCCGCAACCGCGUGAUGACGCUGUGAAAGACAGGCCAAAUCAGCCGUACCGACUAUACCGGUUCAUGGCUCCUCCGGCCACCAUUUUUGACCGCAGCAUCGCCUUCGCAGGUAGCCUUUCAACAAUCAGCACCCCUCUCGUCGCACAGGCGCAGGCCAUCUGGAUAUCCGCCUACUUCGAUGGAAAGCUUGACCGGAUGCCUUUGUCUGCGGACGAUGCUCGUUGGGAGACUGUCCUGCAGACCCAGUUCGGGAAGUGGCGGUAUCCUUGUGGCUACGGGGCAAACUUCCCUGACUUUGUCUUCGACUCGAUCCCUUACAUCGACAUGUUGCUGGAAGACCUAGGACUGCAGAAGCAUAGGAAGAAAGGCGCGGUGGCAGAGAUGUGGGAGCCGUAUGGACCGGAUGAUUACAGAGGACUGGUCGAUGAAUGGAAAACUAAACACGCCACGGAUGGGUUUCUCGGAUGGACAUGGGACGCCUUUGACUUUUUUACCGUGUCGCUCACGGUUACGGAGUUGGCCAAGGACUUUGGGGUGUCGAAUUCAGAUGUUAGCUGGGGGAUGACUGUGACAUUGAUGCUAAGGUCCGUCGGAGCACUCAUCUUCGGAGUUCUGUCAGACCGGUAUGGACGCAAAUGGCCAAUGAUCAUCAAUCUUUUCUUGUUCAUCGUUCUUGAGCUGGGCUCAGGGUUCUGCACCACUCUGCCCCAGUUCCUGGGGGUUCGGUCUCUGUACGGUAUCGCUAUGGGCGGUCUCUUUGGACCAGCCGCCGCCACCGCCUUGGAGGACCUGCCUUACGAUGCCCGAGGCAUUCUUUCCGGCCUUUUCGAACAAGGGUACGCCGUGGGCUAUCUCCUUGCAGCCGUCUUCUACCGUGCACUCGUGCCAACCACGACCCACGGCUGGCGGAGCCUUUUCUGGUUCGGCGCCGCCCCACCCGUUCUCAUCAUCGCCUUCCGAUGGUGGCUUCCUGAAACGAACUACUUUCUAGUCAUCAAAGCGGAGCGAGAGGCCAAGCACGCUGCCGCCCACCCUUUUGGCAGCGAGUCUUGGGUCGCAGUCAAGCAGAACUGGGUCUUGCUGGUCUACAUGGUCCUUCUCAUGACCGGCUUCAAUUCGUGCUCGCACGGUUCCCAGGACUUCUAUCCAACUUUUCUGAAAGAGCAGGCCGGAGAGUCACCCACCAACACCACAAUCAUUACUGUCGUUGGCCAGAUCGGCGCGCUCAUUGGAGGCACGACGAUCGGGUACAUCAGCUCCAUCAUCGGCCGCCGGCUGACCAUGAUAAUCGGCUGUAUCAUCGGUGCCGCGCUAGUUCCCGCUUACAUUCUGCCCCGGAAUCUCACGCUGAUCGCCCCCGCCUUCUUCUUGCAGUUCUUUGUCGGCGGCGUCUGGGGGCCGAUCCCGAUCCAUCUCAUCGAGUUGUCGCCCCCUGCGCUAAGAACCCUCGCCGUGGGCCUGACAUACCAACUGGGUAACCUCGCAUCGAGCGCUUCAGCCACCAUCCAAGCCGUCAUCGGGGAGCGGUAUCCGCUGCCGCCGGCUGCAGACGAGACCAAGCGCUUCGACUACGGCAAGGUCAUCGGCAUCUUCAUGGGCACAGUUUGGGUUUAUAUGCUAAUCCUGCUACUACUCGGCCCCGAGAUGUCGCUGGAAGAGCGCGCGGAGCGGGCUCAGGAGGCCAAGGAGUUUGAGGAGAUGAGAAGGCAGGGCGUGAGUCUUACCGAAAUUGGGAGACGGAGGGCGCUGGGCGAGAAAGGAAUGCCCAAUGGAGAGACGGAGCCGAAGCGGGAGGAGCAGGAAAAACAGGGUGUUGAGUACGUCGAACGCCAUCGGGACCCUGUAUGA